AUGGCUCACGCUUCUGUUCCCGCCCUGUUUGCGCCCCUAUCGGUAAAACUAUCAACCAAGAGCUGCUUCAGCUUUAGAGACUCAGUAUCAGGGAUAGGCGCCAUCUAUGGUUGUGUGCGGCAGAGCCGUCACGCGAGGCGAUAUGUGCACUCCCUCGGUUGCGGGCUGGUUCCGCUCACCUCAAACAAUCAACAUCAACAUAAAAGUCUGAUAAAAUUACCACCGAGAGCCGUCACGGUAUGGUCGAGACUCAAGUCAGACCUGCCGGCUGAACCAGUUCUUUAUUCGCAACUAACCAUUGGCGUUCCGAAAGAGACCCUCGCGGGUGAACGUCGCGUCGCUGUCGCGCCACAGAACAUCCCUUUGCUGCUGAAGAAGGGUUUCGCGAGGGUCCUUGUUGAGCGGGGUGCUGGCAUCGAAGCCGAAUAUGCCGACGAGGUCUAUGAGCAUGUUGGUGCUACUGUGGUCGACCGCGAGACUGUGUAUGCGGAGAGCAAUAUCCUGCUCAAGGUUCGUCCACCAAACUUGGAGUCGGAAGUUCCCAGUAUUCGAGAGGGGACCGCCUUGAUCUCGUUUUUGCAGCCCAUGCAAAACAGGCCCCUUGUUGAGGCACUUGCUUCCCAGCGGGUGACUGCCUUCGCCAUGGACAUGAUUCCGAGGAUUUCGCGUGCUCAGGCAUUUGAUGCCUUAAGUUCCAUGGCCAACAUAGCGGGUUACAAAGCUGUGCUUGAGGCAUCUAAUCACUACGGUCGCUUCCUGACUGGUCAGGUCACUGCUGCAGGGAAGAUUCCUCCCUCCAAAGUCUUGGUCAUUGGAGCUGGUGUCGCUGGGUUGAGUGCCAUCACCACCGCCCGCCGACUGGGUGCAAUCGUCCGCGGAUUUGACACUCGUUCUGCCGCUCGAGAACAAGUCCAGUCACUGGGAGCCGACUUUCUGGAAGUCAGCGUCAAAGAAGAGGGCUCGGCAGCGGGCGGUUACAGUAAGGAAAUGUCAAAGGAGUUCAUCGAGGCAGAAAUGAAACUGUUCAUGGAACAGUGCAAAGAGGUCGAUAUCGUCAUUACCACUGCCGCAAUCCCAGGAAAGCCUUCUCCUAAAUUGAUUACAGAGAAAAUGGUCAGUGCUAUGAAGCCCGGCUCCGUCAUCGUCGACCUUGCAUCAGAGGGUGGCGGGAACUGCGAGGUCACACAGCCUGGUAAAUUGAUUGUGUAUAACCAUGUUACCAUCAUUGGAUACACGGAUUUCCCGUCUCGACUACCUACACAGUCUACGAGUUUGUAUUCCAACAACAUCACAAAGUUUCUUCUGGCGAUUUCUCCCAAGGACAACCACUUCGGCAUUGACUUGGAAGAUGAAGUCGUGCGAGGCGCCAUCGUCACGCACAAUGGCAGAAUCAUUCCCCCAGCUCCACGACCAGCUCCACCCCCGGCUCCUGCACAGCAGCACCAGGAACCUGAAUCCAAGCCGGUUGAAUUAACACCUUGGCAAAGUCAAGCCCGCAAUGUAGCAGCCGUGACCGGAGGAAUGAGUGCUGCUCUCGCCUUGGGGAAAUUGACAUCCCCAUUGUUCAUGGGUAGCGCAUUUACUGCUGGUCUGGCGGGCCUGAUCGGCUAUCGCUCGGUCUGGGGUGUGAUUCCUGCGCUUCACUCUCCUUUGAUGAGCGUUACCAAUGCCAUUUCUGGCAUCGUGGGUGUUGGUGGCUUCUUUAUCAUGGGCGGCGGAUAUUUGCCGGAAACGCUCCCACAAGUACUCGGUGCGCUGUCGGUUCUGCUUGCGUUUGUCAAUGUAUCGGGCGGAUUUGUCAUUACGAAGCGAAUGUUGGAUAUGUUCAAACGCCCAACGGAUCCUCCGGAAUAUCCAUGGCUGUACGCGAUACCUGGCGUGCUCUUCGCUGGUGGGUUCAUCGCAGCGGCAAGCACAGGUAUGGCUGGGCUCGUGCAGGCUGGAUACCUCGUGAGCAGUCUGCUGUGUAUCGGAUCUAUCCAAGGACUUGCAUCGCAAGCAACAGCCCGAACAGGGAACCUGCUCGGAAUCUUGGGUGUCUUAGCUGGUAUCAUCGCGUCACUCGGCGCAGUAGGAUUCUCUCCAGAAGUGUUGACACAGUUCGGUGGGAUUGCAGCCAUUGGCGGUAUUGUUGGUGCCCUCAUCGGCCGACGUAUUACUCCUACCGAGCUACCUCAGACAGUUGCUGCAUUGCAUUCCGUUGUCGGUCUCGCCGCCGUGCUCACCAGUAUAGGCAGUGUACUGGCUGACGUCUCGGAAAUCUCGACCUUACACAUGGUGACGGCAUACUUGGGCGUUCUCAUUGGUGGCGUAACGUUCACUGGGUCUCUUGUUGCUUUCCUGAAACUUGCCGGACGAAUGUCGUCUCGGCCCACCAUUCUUCCUGGCCGUCAUCUCAUUAAUUCCAGUCUGUUGGCCGCCAACGCAGGCACGAUGGGUGCGUUCUUGACCAUGGCGCCUGGUGCGCCUGCUGUGGCUGCAGUGUGCCUGUCUGCAAACACGGCGCUCAGUUUUGCCAAGGGAUUUACGACGACCGCAGCCAUAGGAGGAGCGGAUAUGCCUGUGGUCAUUACUGUCUUGAAUGCUUAUUCAGGCUUUGCUCUCGUCGCGGAGGGCUUCAUGCUUGACAACCCCUUACUACUAACCGUAGGCUCUUUGAUCGGUGUCAGCGGUUCCAUCCUAUCGUACAUCAUGUGCGUCGCGAUGAACCGUUCCCUCACCAACGUCCUCUUCGGCGGCAUCGCCCCGAUCGCCCAAACCUCGCAGGAAAUCAAAGGGCAAAUCACCAAAACCAGCGUGGAAGAAACAGUCGAGGCUCUCGCCAACGCCGAGUCCGUCAUCAUCGUGGUAGGGUACGGCAUGGCCGUGGCGAAAGCCCAAUAUGCCAUCGCGGAAAUCGUCUCCUUGUUGCGCUCCAAGGGCGUCAACGUCCGCUUCGCAAUCCACCCUGUCGCGGGACGCAUGCCGGGACAGUGCAACGUGUUGCUGGCCGAGGCCAGCGUGCCGUAUGAUAUUGUGCUGGAGAUGGACGAGAUCAAUGACGAUUUCCCGGAGACGGACCUCACCUUGGUGAUUGGCGCGAACGACACAGUCAAUCCAAUCGCGUUAGAGCCCGGGAGUCCCAUUGCGGGCAUGCCCGUGUUGCACGCGUGGAAGAGUAAAGGGGUGGUGGUUAUGAAGCGAGGCAUGAGCAGCGGUUAUGCCGACGUCCCGAACCCCAUGUUCUACAUGCCCGGCACGAGAAUGCUGUUCGGCGACGCCAAGCAGACCUGCGAUGCUCUCAAGGCCGCCUUGGAGACCAGGUACAAGGCGCAAUUCCACGUCUAA